GCCGCCCGCGCCUCCGUGCCACCGCUGCGCCGACGCGGCCGGGGCCGCACGCCUUGGCGAUCUGGCUUCUAGGGUCUUUCUGUAAGGCCACUUUAUUUUCUCAUUCGCUCAUCUGCCAAGAACGGGGACUCGCUGUUGGCGCUUCGGCCUCUUGUUCAUUGAGAAAAAAAAAAAAAAAAGGAAAUACUCCGCGUGCGCUUCUGCAAGGGGGCUCGCCUCCAGCCCUGAAACCCGGAGUUGUUCAUCGGCGAGGGACUUGGCUCCAAAUUUUUCGCUCGUAUUUUCUGUUUUGUUUUGUUUCCUCCCGCCGAUUGCUCGAAAGUUGGACUGAAGCAAAGUUUGGAAAAAAAGGGGGGAAAAAAAGUUUGCAUCGGGGCUGGAUUUAUUUGCACAUCGCAGAAAGAAGAGACUCCAAGGGAGAGGGGUUGGUGCAAAGCCGCGAUCACGGAGUUCAGAUGUGUUCUAAGCCUGCUGGAGUGACCACACUUUCAAGACCUGAUGGAGGCCAGAGCUCAAAGUGGCAGCGGGUCCCAGCCCUUGCUGCAGGAGUCCCGUGACGGUGGCAGACAGCGUGGGGAACUGGACCCCAGAGACGCCCUCAGCCAGCAGGUACACGUGUUGUCCCUGGAUCAGAUCAGAGCCAUCCGAAACACCAAUGAGUACACAGAGGGGCCGACUGUGGUGCCAAGACCUGGGCUCAAGCCUGCUCCUCGCCCCUCCACUCAGCACAAACAUGAGAGACUCCAUGGUCUGCCUGAGCACCGCCAGCCUCCCAGGGCCCAGCACUCACAGGUCCAUUCUUCUGCACGGGCCCCUCUGUCCAGGUCCAUUAGCACCGUCAGCUCAGCGCGGAGCAGUACCAGGACGAGUACCAGCAGCAGCUCCUCUGAACACAGACUGUUAGGAUCUUCCUUCUCCUCGGGGCUGGUUGCUGAUGGCAUAAUCCGGGUGCAGCCCAAAUCUGAGCUCAAGCCAGGUGAGCUUAAGCCACUGAGCAAGGAAGAUUUGGGCCUGCACGCCUACAGGUGUGAGGACUGUGGCAAGUGCAAAUGUAAGGAGUGCACCUACCCAAGGCCUCUGCCAUCAGACUGGAUCUGCGACAAGCAGUGCCUUUGCUCGGCCCAGAACGUGAUUGACUAUGGGACUUGUGUGUGCUGUGUGAAAGGUCUCUUCUAUCACUGUUCUAAUGAUGAUGAGGACAACUGUGCAGACAACCCUUGUUCUUGCAGCCAGUCUCACUGUUGUACGCGAUGGUCAGCCAUGGGUGUUAUGUCUCUCUUUCUGCCUUGUUUAUGGUGUUACCUUCCAGCCAAGGGUUGCCUUAAAUUGUGCCAGGGGUGUUAUGACCGGGUGAACAGGCCUGGAUGCCGUUGUAAAAUCAAUACAGUUUGCUGCAAAGUUCCCACCGUCCCCCCCAGGAACUUUGAAAGCCAACAUAGCACCCUUAAUCAGGAAUAUUACAAUAAUAAGGAUUGUGUCUCUCCCUACCCCUUUCUUUUAACAUACAUAUGCAACCAACUAAACAGUUACAAUAUUGGCACUGUUAAUAGAGAGUUGGCAUAUUCUUUGCUGUUUGCAGUGAGAAGUGUUUUGUCCAAUGUGCCAUUUUAACUGAUAUGCUUGGUAGAACUCAGCUAAUGGAGCUCAAAGAAUGGGAUACAAAACUGGGUGACCCACCAUUGCAUAAGCUAAAGCAACACAGACACUCCUAGGCAGAAGUUUUUGUUUGUGAAUAGUACUUGCAAAAUUUGUAAAUUAGCAAAUGACCUUUUUUCCAUUGUCUUCUCCAGAGAUAAUGUGCUAUAUUUUUGUAUAUACAGUAAUAUUUGCAACUGUGAAAAACAAGUUGUGCCAUACAUGGCACAGUCACAAAAUAUUAUACUAAUAUGUGUACAUUCGGAAGAAUGUGAAUCAAUCAGUAUGUUUUUAGAUUGUAUUUUGCCUUACAGAAAGCCUUUAUUGUAAGACUUUGAUUUCCCUUUGGACUUCAUGUAUAUUGUACAGUUACAGUAAAAUUCAACCUUUAUUUUCUAAUUUUUUCAACAUAUGUUUAGUGUAAAGAAUAUUUAUUUGAAGUUUUAUUAUUUUAUAAAAAAGAAUAUUUAUUUUAAGAGGCAUCUUACAAAUUUUGCCCCUUUUAUGAGGAUGUGAUUGUUGCUGCAAAUGAGGGGUUACAGAUGCAUAUGUUCAAUAUAAAAUAGAAAAUAUAUUAACGUUUGAAAUUAAA